AUGGCGCAUAGUUUUGAGGUCGGUACUCGGGCGUGGCAGCCGGACGCAACGGAGGGAUGGGUUGCUUCGGAGGUAGUAGAAAAGGUAAUAAAUGGGGAAAAGAUUAAGCUGGUUUUCUCUUUAGAGAAUGGCGAAACCAAAACGAUCGAGACGACAGAGACGGAUUUGCAGGUCAACAGUAAUGCGUCCCUCCCGCCGUUGAUGAAUCCCGCAAUGCUAGAAGCCAGUGAGGAUUUGACAAGCUUAUCACAUUUGAACGAGCCUGCUGUGUUACAGGCUAUAAAAUUACGCUACUACCAGAAGGAAAUAUAUACAUACAGUGGCAUCGUCCUUAUUGCGACAAAUCCGUUUGCCCGCGUCGACUCUCUCUAUGUACCACAAAUGGUGCAGGUAUACGCUGGAAAGCAACGAGCCUCGCAAGCCCCCCAUCUUUUCGCUAUUGCUGAAGAGGCUUUUGCGGAUAUGUUGAGAGACUCAAGGAAUCAAACGAUCGUGGUAUCCGGAGAAUCUGGUGCUGGAAAAACUGUCAGUGCAAAGUACAUUAUGCGUUACUUUGCAACACGGGGGACACCAGAGCAGCCUGAAAACUACUCCACUGGAAGAGCAGAUUCAAUCAGCAAAACCGAGGAGCAAAUUUUGGCGACGAAUCCCGUUAUGGAAGCAUUCGGUAACGCGAAAACGACCCGUAAUGAUAACUCUUCACGAUUUGGAAAAUAUAUCGAGAUUAUGUUUGAUUCGGAAAGAAAUAUUAUUGGUGCAAAGAUUAGAACAUACCUUCUAGAGCGGUCGAGGCUGGUUUUCCAACCGUUAAAGGAGCGAAACUAUCAUAUCUUUUACCAACUAGUAGCAGGAGCUACGGAUGCUGAACGCGUUGAUUUGAACAUUUUACCGGUUGAAGAGUUUGACUACUUGAAUCAAGGAGGCACCCCCGUGAUAGACGGGGUUGACGAUAAAGCCGAGUUUGAAGCCACGAAGAAAUCACUCACCACCAUCGGUGUAGCCGACGAGACCCAGACCGAAAUAUUCCGCAUCUUGGGCGCACUGUUACAUUUAGGAAAUGUGAAAAUUACUGCUACGCGUACAGAUUCGUCCCUAUCGUCAUCAGAGCCAUCCCUCGCACGGGCCUGUGAGAUGCUAGGAAUCAAUCCUAACGAAUUUUCAAAAUGGAUUGUAAAGAAGCAAUUGAUAACUCGAGGUGAAAAAAUUGUUUCAAACCUAACUCAGCAACAAGCUAUUGUUGUACGAGACUCCGUUGCCAAAUUUAUUUACUCAAGUUUGUUUGACUGGCUUGUCGAUAUUAUCAACCGUAGUUUGGCAACAGAAGAUGUUCUCAACCGUGUCAAGUCCUUCAUUGGAGUUUUGGAUAUUUACGGUUUUGAACAUUUCGCAAAGAAUUCCUUUGAACAAUUCUGUAUCAACUAUGCCAAUGAAAAGCUUCAGCAGGAAUUCAACCAGCAUGUGUUUAAGCUGGAACAAGAAGAAUAUGUGCGUGAGCAGAUUGAUUGGACUUUCAUCGACUUCUCUGAUAACCAACCUUGCAUCGACCUGAUCGAAGGAAAACUUGGUAUUUUGUCCCUUUUGGAUGAAGAAUCAAGGCUACCGAUGGGAUCCGACGAUCAGUUUGUUACUAAGCUGCACCACAACUUUGCUGCAGAUAAACAGAAGUUUUACAAGAAGCCUCGAUUUGGCAAAUCGUCUUUUACCGUUUGCCACUAUGCUGUUGAUGUUACCUACGAGUCGGACGGGUUCAUUGAAAAAAAUAGAGACACGGUUCCUGACGAACAGAUGGAAAUUUUGAAAAAUUCUUCCAACAGCUUUAUCAGAGCGGUAUUAGAAGCAGCCUCCGCCGUUCGUGAAAAGGAUUCGGCUUCCAUAUCAUCUAGAGCAGUAGCAGCCCCUGGGAGGAAAAUUGGAGUUGCAGUCAACCGCAAACCUACUCUUGGCGGUAUAUUCAAGUCGUCGUUGAUUGAGCUGAUGAACACGAUCAAUUCUACAGACGUUCACUACAUUAGAUGUAUCAAGCCAAAUGAAGGAAAGGAGUCAUGGAAGUUCGAGGGGCCCAUGGUUCUCAGCCAGCUUCGCGCCUGUGGUGUUCUUGAAACGGUCCGAAUCAGUUGCGCUGGCUAUCCAACUCGAUGGACCUAUGAAGAAUUCGCUCUUAGGUACUACAUGCUUUGCCACUCAUCGCAGUGGACGUCUGAAAUUCGAGAAAUGGGUCAUGCUAUUUUAAGGAAAGCUCUUGGAGACGCCAGCCACCAGAAGGGAGACAAAUACCAACUUGGACUGACGAAGAUUUUUUUCCGUGCUGGCAUGCUGGCCUUUUUAGAAAACCUGCGCACUUCGAGGUUGAAUGAAUGUGCCGUCAUGAUUCAAAAGAACUUGAAAUGCAAAUAUUAUCGCCGGAGAUAUCUUGAAGCGCGUGAGUCGAUCCUUACAACUCAGAGUUUGAUAAGGGGCUUCAUCGCGCGAAAACAUGCUAUGGAAACGCGUCGGAUCAAGGCUGCCACAACGAUCCAGCGUGUUUGGAGAGGCCAAAAAGAAAGAAAGCGGUAUCUCAACAUCAGACAAAACUUCGUUCUCUUCGAGUCUCUCGCAAAAGGUUAUUUAUGCAGGCGAAACAUCAUGGAUACCAUUCUUGGAAAUGCUGCCAAGGUCAUUCAAAGAUCAUUCCGAUCCUGGCGGCAACUUCGUGCCUGGAGACAAUACCGCAAGAAAGUUGUCAUCGUCCAGAACCUCUGGAGGGGUAAGAAGGCUCGACAAGAGUAUAAGAAACUGCGUGAAGAGGCUCGAGAUCUCAAGCAAAUAUCUUAUAGAUUGGAAAAUAAGGUUGUCGAGCUUACGCAGACUCUUGGUUCACUGAAGCAGCAGAACAAGACGUUGGUAUCCCAAGUUGAAAACUACGAAGGACAACUUAAACACCUGAGAGGCAAGAAUAACACUUUGGAGGUGCGUACCCGUGAGUUACAAGCUGAGGCAAAUCAGGCGGGUAUCACUGCAGCACGGUUGGCUGCCAUGGAAGAGGAUAUGACGAAAUUACAACAACAGCAUACCGAAUCUCUUUCCACGGUAAAGAAACUACAGGAAGAAGAACGGGUUGUUCGUGAUACGCUUCGGGUAACAAACGACGAACUCGAUAAAAUACGACAAGUGAAUUCCAACAUUGAUAAUGAAAAUACGUCUCUACGUCAACAACUUUCGGAUCUUCAAGAUGAGCUUGAGUUUGCCAAGAGAUCGAUGCCUGUUAACGGUGCUAACGGAGAGGUUAACGGCACUUCCAACCAACCCACCUUUUCUGGCCUUAUUAAUCUGGUUUCAUCGAAAAAGCCCAAGCCCAAGAGACGCAGUGCAGAAGCAGGUCGUGUUGAAACUGACCGUUUCAGUGGGGCAUAUAACCCUCGCCCCGUUUCAAUGGCCGUUGCUACUACCACAGCUCGCUCCAACCUCUCUGGAACCACCUUUGCUCCAGGUAUCGACUCGAUCGAAAUUGAACUUGAAAACCUCCUCUCCGAAGAGGAAGAACUCAAUGAAGAAGUCACAAUGGGCCUUAUUCGCAAUCUAAAGAUCCCUCUUCCAAGCAAUAACACUCCUCCCACCGAUAAAGAAGUCCUCUUCCCAGCUUAUCUGAUUAACCUCGUUACAUCUGAAAUGUGGAAUAACGGCUUUGUAAAAGAGUCCGAACGAUUCCUUGCCAAUGUUAUGCAAGCAAUUCAACAAGAGGUUAUGCAGCAUGAAGGUGAUGAGCUAAUCAAUCAAGGUGCUUUCUGGCUUUCCAACGUCCAUGAGAUGCUCUCUUUUGUGUUUCUUGCGGAGGAUUGGUAUGAAGCCCAGAAAACCGAUAAUUACGAAUACGACCGCCUUCUGGAAAUUGUGAAGCAUGACUUGGAAAGCUUAGAGUUUAACAUCUACCAUACAUGGAUGAAAUUCUUGAAGAAGAAGCUUUACAAAAUGGUCGUUCCAGCUAUCAUCGAAUCACAGUCUCUUCCUGGAUUUGUUACCAACGAAACAAAUCGGUUCCUUGGAAAACUCUUGCCAUCGAACAACGUUCCAGCAUACAGCAUGGAUAACCUUCUUAGCCUGUUGAACAAUGUGUUCAAAGCUAUGAAGGCGUAUUAUUUGGAGGACACCAUUAUCAUUCAAACAAUGAUGGAGCUAUUGCGCCUUGUGGGCGUCACCGCGUUCAACGACUUGCUUAUGAGACGCAAUUUCUUGUCUUGGAAGCGUGGUCUUCAGAUCAACUAUAAUAUUACAAGAAUUGAGGAAUGGUGCAAGAGCCAUGAGCUUCCCGAGGGCACCCUCCAGCUUGAACAUUUAAUGCAAGCAACCAAGCUCCUUCAACUGAAAAAGGCUACUUUAAACGAUAUUGAGAUCAUUCAAGACAUUUGUUGGAUGCUUUCACCUAACCAAAUCCAGAAGCUCCUCAAUCAGUAUUUGAUCGCGGAUUAUGAGCAGCCUAUAAACGGGGAAAUAAUGAAAGCUGUCGCCUCUCGAGUUACCGAAAAGAGCGAUGUCCUCCUUCUCACUGCUGUGGAUUUAGAAGAUAGCGGCCCUUAUGAAAUUGCGGAUCCACGUGUAAUCACCGCGUUGGAGACAUAUACACCAUCAUGGCUCCAAACCCCACGAUUAAAACGACUAGCUGAAAUAGUUUCUGCGCAGGCCAUGGCGCAGCAGGAAAAACUAGAGGUUGUUGAAAACGGAGACACUAUUCCUGAAUUACAGUGA